AUGUGUUUUUCUGCUAAACGUGUUAUCGGGGACCUUGCUUUCCUCAACUCUUCGCCCUUUGCUAGCCUAUUGGAUUCUUGUGUUGCGUCCAGGUCCACGACAGACACCCGUCGUGUCCAUGCGAGUAUCAUCAAAUCUCGGUUUGCAUUCGAAGUUUUUAUCCACAAUAAGCUCAUUGAUGCAUAUGGAAAGUGUGGUUGUGUGGGGGAUGCUCGGAAACUGUUCGAUAGAAUGCCUGUCAGAAAUACUUUCACCUGGAACUCAAUCGUGAGCACGUUAAUGAAGGUGGGUUUCCUUGAUGAGGGUGUGCGGUUAUUUGAGGCUAUUCCUCAGCCUGAUCAGUGCUCAUGGAACAUAAUGGUUGCUGGUUUUGCACAACAUGAUGAGCUCCAACAAGCUCUGGGUUAUUUUGCUGGGAUGCAUAGGGAUAAUUUUGGAGUUAAUGAAUAUUCUUUCGGCAGUGGUCUAAGUGCUUGUGCAGGUUUGAAGGACCUUAAAAUGGGUACCCAACUUCAUGCUUUGGUCUUCAAAUGUCACUACUAUGUUGAUGUAUAUAUGGGUUCUGCUCUGGUUGAUAUGUAUUCUAAAUGUGGUGUUGUGGAGUGUGCUCUGGAAGUUUUUGAUGAGAUGAAGGAAAGAAACAUUGUUUCUUGGAAUAGCUUGAUCACUUGUUAUGAACAAAAUGGUCCAGCAAGGAAAGCUUUAGAUGUGUUUGUUAGAAUGAUGGAGAGUUCCUUCGAACCAGAUGAAGUUACUCUGGCUAGUGUGGUUAGUGCUUGUGCAACCUUGGCGGCUUUGAAGCAUGGUAUGGAGAUACACACUCGUGUAGUGAAAUCUUAUAAAUUGCGAGGUGACCUUAUUCUAGGAAAUGCAUUGGUGGAUAUGUAUGCAAAAUGUGGUAAGAUUAGUGAAGCUAGACGUGUUUUUGAUAGGAUCCCUGUGAGGAAUGUGGUGUCUGAAACAUCUAUGUUGAGCGGUUAUGCUAAAGUUGCAAGUUUUAAAUCUGCAAAACUGAUAUUCACAAAGAUGAUGGAAAGGAAUGUGGUGUCCUGGAAUGCUCUGAUUGCAGGCUAUACUCAGAAUGAUGAGAAUGAGGAGGCGCUCAAACUCUUUUGUAUGCUGAAACGGGAAUCUAUUUUCCCAACUCACUACACCUUUGGCAACUUACUGAAUGCUUGUGCCAAUCUCGCUGAUCUGCAGGUUGGCCGGCAGGCCCAUGCUCAUGCUUUGAAGCAUGGAUUUGGGUUUCAAUUUAAUGAAGAUCCAGAUACUUUUGUCGGGAACUCUCUCAUAGACAUGUACAUGAAAUGUGCAUCGGUUGAAGAAGGUCGUCAGGUUUUCAGAAGCAUGGUUGAAAAGGAUGUUGUCUCAUGGAAUGCUAUGAUUGUAGGGUGUGCACAGAAUGGGAAUGAGCUGGAGGCUCUUGCUUUAUUUAAAGAAAUGCUUGUGUUUGAAGAGAAACCAGAUCAUGUCACUAUGAUCGGUGUCUUGUGUGCUUGCAGUCAUGCAGGACUUGUUGAGGAGGGACGUCGCUACUUUCUCUCAAUGACAAGGGACUAUGGGUUGGUGCCCAUGAAGGACCAUUACACCUGUAUGGUAGACUUACUUGGUCGAGCAGGUCACCUAGAUGAAGCCAAGAGUUUGAUAGAGACAAUGCCUGUAGAGCCCGAUGCAGUUGUAUGGGGUUCUUUGCUUGGUGCAUGUAAAGUAAGUCGCAAUAUUACUCUAGGGAAGUAUGUUGCAGAAAAGCUUUUGGAGAUUGAUCCCACAAAUUCUGCACCUUAUGUUCUUCUUUCAAAUAUGUAUGCCGAGCAUGGCAAAUGGGGGGAUGUUCGAAAAGUGAGAAACAUGAUGAGACAUCAUGGAGUUAUUAAACAGCCUGGUUACAGUUGGAUUGAGAUCAUGGGCGACAUGCAUACUUUCAUGGUGAAAGAUAAAAGGCAUCCACAGAAGAGGGAGAUUUUUUCAGUGUUAAAAGACUUAACUGAGCAGAUGAAGCUAGCUGGAUAUAUUCCAUCAAUGGUUUAA